GCCACAUUCGUUGCAAUGGCUGGUGCGGGCGUGAUGCUGCGCGCGUUGCGGUAUGGUGCCGCUCGAUCGGCGAUGCGCGUUGGUGCACAUGUGCGACCGCUCCAAGUGGCACUGCCCAUUCGAUCUCGUGGCCACGUGCCAACUCUGAUCCAGAGCCGCUGCUUUUCGUCAGAUCCGCCGGCUGAGGGAAUGUCCAACCUGUCGGAUUCCGACUUUGCACGCCACAGCGAAGCCACCCUCAACUCGAUCCUUGAAAUGAUGGAUGGCAUUGAAGCGAUCUUGCCAGAUGCGGACAUCACGCUUUCGCAAGGGGUCCUGACAAUCAAUUUGGGCGAAGAUGGCACGUGGGUGCUCAACAAGCAAGGGCCCAACAAACAAAUCUGGUGGUCGUCGCCGAUCAGUGGUCCGAAGCGCUUUGAAUUCGACUCGCGACUGAAAAAGUGGUUCAACACACGGGACAAGGACGUCGAACUGAUCGAGUUGCUGACGAACGAAAUCGAAGAACUCUCAGGCAUCAUCGUUGUCACCGAGUAAAUAAGCGAGGGGGCGUUGCUUUUUGCAGUCGUACAGUUUACAAAACUAUAUCAUGCACCCCAA